AUGAGUAGAUGCUUCUUUUGUUCAAUGGCCUAUGUCUCUUGUUCAUGGCUCGUUUUAUUCAAUUUAUUUGGAAGAUUUCUGGUGGGACCAGCCCUUGCAAGAUCUCGUCAAAUCACCAUCUUUGAAAGGGAAGCAUACCGGUUCACAGCCUGGGGUUGGCCGACCUAUACUAUAUAUUUACCUAUUGAUGAAUGUGCCGUUAUGGCCGCUGUGGCCUCGGGCGAGCUUUUUGACUUGGGCUGCCUGGCGGCACUGCCGCAGCUGCUGCAGACCGCCUUUGAGCUCGCUCACCUGGGCUGUUGCUCACGCCUGCUCUGGGGCCUUUGCUCAGCAGAGCUCCAGCGAAGAUCACGAGAGUCCAUCCACGUUGCGUGGGGUGAUGACGUGGGUGACUCCCAGACGGGAUCAGCUGGUCUGAAGUCUCUCCUACAAUCGGACCUCCUUGCAUUGGCAGCUCAUUAUGCAGGGGGUUGGUCUGCUUUGCUGGCGGGGCGGCAUGGGCUGUUGGAUACAUCUUUGCCAAAGGUCGGAAGACAGGCUGGAACUUCAGCCGCUGUGCACCGGUCGCUUCUCCUGUGGGAUAUCGUGAGAGAAGGUGAUGGCACGCUGUGGACGGGAAUUCUUCCACUGGCUGUGUUCUUGCGACGCAGUGCCUUUGAGGAUUCGGAUGGGGAGAGCGUCCCAUGCACCUACAUCUAUCCGCAAAGCGUCCACUUUCCGGGAUCCAAUCACACUUUUGAACACAAAGCUGGACGUCAACGGCAUCCCAAGUUCCAGAUUUCGGCGUCCACCUUGGACCACCGCAACUGGUGGCAUCGACUGUCUCUCUUGGGACCGAACUGUACUGAGACUCAGAUUGCAAAAGUUGGUUUCAUUCCAGAUCGAUUUGCGCAGCACGGCGGCUCGCCAGUGGAUCCCAGCUUGCCAGAUCCCUCGGAAAUUGUCACGGCAGUGGACAAAAUGGGACAGGCCGUUCCAGGUGUUUAUCGAUUGACCUUUGACUCCUUCUACGAGGAGCGGAGCCGAUGGGGCCACAAGUCGGUCUUCGUCCUGCAUCUCUGGAUUGACAGCAGGCAACAGGUCUGCCAUGCGGACCUAGACUUUGCGGUGGAGGAUGUUGCCUGGGCGGCUUGGUUGGCAGCUGGUCGAAGAUCGCCCAAAGCUCUUCCGCAGAGCGCCAAGCGCAAGCGUCCACGGGCCUGA